ACGGUUACAUUCACCCACGAGAUUUGAUAAUCUUGACAAUGAUUUUUUUUUCUUCUUCUAGGAAUUAUCUUUUGAUGAAAUUAUUAUAAGUCAAAUUCCAUUACAAUUUUUUUGUAUUUUUUAAAUGAAUCCACUUCAGCUGUAUUCACCUGACAUGGCUAUAUAACAGUGUUCAACUACUUAUUGCUUUGUUUCGGGUGAAAGAAUGGCUUGGUUUAUUGUAAAUAUCAGUAACUUCACUUUGGAGAAUGCGCUAUCUGGGGAUGAGCCGCGAGAUGAGCGCUUGGCACAUGUGGAAAUAGCUCUCCUGUCCAUCAUCUUUAUCACUGCAGGGAUUUUAAACUUUGGGGUCUUGUUGGUGCUUUGGAAGCGGAGGAGGCAGCUCUCCAGGAUGCGCGUCUUCGUCUUCCACCUGUGCGUCGCCGAUCUGGUGGUCACAUUCUUCCAAGUUUGUCCCCAACUCAUGUGGGACAUCACUGACCGAUUCAUCGGGCCAGAUCUAUUGUGUCGCGUAGUGAAGUACCUGCAGGUGGUCGGGAUGUUUGCCUCCACUUACAUGAUUGUAGUGAUGACGAUAGACCGGUAUCAAGCUAUCUGCAAACCCAUGGUGACUUUCCAAAGGCGCAGGGCGCGCUGGAACGGUGCGGUGUGCGCCACCUGGUGCGUCGCUUUCAUCGGCAGCCUGCCACAGAUCUUUAUUUUCUCUCGGGUCGAGGUCGCUCCCGGUGUGUACGACUGCUGGGCUCUGUUCAUCAAGCCGUGGGGACCGAGAGCCUACGUGACCUGGACGACUCUGGUGAUAUUCGUCCUGCCCAUUGUCAUGGUGAUAGUGUGCCAGGUGCGCAUCUGCCGCACCGUGCAAAUUAACUUUCACAUGAAGACGCACCACGUCGCAGACUCGGUCAGUAAGACGCUGCCCUCCAGGGCCAGCAGCGUGGCGGGGGUGUCAAAGGCGAGGGUGAAGACUGUGAAGAUGACCGUGGUCGUUGUGCUCGCCUACAUCAUCUGCUGGACGCCUUUCUUCAUCGUGCAGCUCUGGUCUGUCUGGGACUUUGAGGCACCCACUCAGACUGCAACCUUCACCAUCUUGAUGCUGCUGGCCAGUCUGAACAGCUGUGCGAACCCUUGCAUCUACCUGCUGUUCAGCGAGAAGCUGCCCAAGACGCUCAAGGCCCUGAUGUGUGUGGGUCAGUCCGAUCUGAAGGAGUCCAUCCACGAGGAGGCCACCAUGGUCAGUUCCCUGUACAUCAGCCUCAAGAGUCUGCAGGACUGCAGAUAAAGUGCUGACACCUCUGAAGCUCAUCUUACCCCAGGCCAGACAAUAUUGACAUCCUCUAAUGAGCAUGAGGCCAAACAUCACAGAAGAACAAGUCCCUGUAGUAACCGUGUAUUAUAGUGAGACCGCAUUGUAGAAAUGAAUAAUCUAUGACAUGCUUUCAUGUAGAAACACACACCAUAAGUCUUUACAGUGAAACAUUAUGAUUGCAGGCCAUAAAGUCUCUAUUACAUAACACAUACUUAAAAUAUUAAAUGAUUGUUCUAAAGGGGGGCCGGGUAUUCCUAUAUAUCCACAGCCUUUACACCCCUUAUAAAUUAUAAAUUAACAUUGUCAAAAACUCUAAACAUAAACUAUUAUGCACCAUGUUUAUUAACCUCAUUUCAAUCAAGAGAGACUUUGUUGCUGAUAUGCAAAGAUUUAGCUACCUAUGAAAAAAUAUGAAUUGUACAAAGUCUUUGGAGAUUAGACUCCAUCGUACAGUAUUACACAUAUGUUGGGAACCCAGACAUAUAUGUUAUGAUGGAGUCUAGACACUGGUGGUGGUGGUGAAGAAGCACGAAGACCAGAUCGAAGGACUCAUUGGGAGCGGUCAGCUGGAAGAAGACCCAGGGUGCUGUGGGUGAAGAUGACUGGAGGUGGAAGGGGAGAAGGAGGGUCGCACUCUUUCCUGAAAAUGACCUCUGACAGCUGCAGAGGAGAGAACAGAUUUAAAGCAGGGAUGUCAUGCUGGGAUUGGCAUGUGAAAACAUGGCCGAUACUGAUUGGUUUACCGGAAAAGUGUGUGCCUCAAAACAGUUUUAGGAGAAAUGUGAUAAAGUUAUUGAAGUCUCCCUGAAAGAAUUUACUCUGGGCUUCAUUUCAAUCUUAGUUGAAGUCUCUCCUAAUGGAAACAGAUUUGUGUAGCUAUGCUAGUGGUGGGUGGCUGUGGAUCAGGAGGUAGAGCGAGUAGUCCUUCAACCACAAUGUUGACGAUUUGCUCCUGCUGUACGGCUUUAGAAGAGGUUCAGUGUCUUGAGCAAGACACUGAACCCCAAGUUUCACCCGAUGGCAGGCCAGCUCCAUGCAUGGCAGCUCCACCACCAUCGGUGUGUGAAUGGGUGAAUAAGAGACAAAUUGAAUUGCUUUGUCAAGUUAGGUGCAAAGGGAACGUAUAAAUUCAGACUUCUAGAGAUGGCGGUCUGUUGAUCUGUUGGUCUGCCACUUUGGUUCAGACUGAAAUAUCACAGCAACUACUUAAACAUUUUGUACAGACAUUCCUGUUCCCAAUAGGAUGAAUCCCGACGACAGUGAUGAUUCCCAAUUCACCAGAGGAUGGAUCCUAUUGACUUUGUUGAUCCCGGACUUUUCCUCUUGCACCACCAUGAGGUUGCCAUUUGAAGUUUGACUGAAAUGUGUUGACAGGAAAUGUGUGCAGCAUUUAUGGUCCCCAGAGGAUUUUUAAUAAUUUUUGGGAUCCUCUGACUUUUAUCUAUAUAGUCAUCAGGUCAAAUUUUGUUUCCAUCUUUCCAGUACUUUGGUAAUUGACCAAUUACCUGCAGAACUAAUGCCAGUCCUAAUUAGCAAACAUUAACAUGAUAACACAAUAACUUAAGAUGGUGAACAUGGUAAACAUUAUGCCUGUGAAACAUCAUUUGAGCAUUGCCAUUAUAAGUGUGUAAGCAUGCUGACGUUAGCAUUUAGCAGAAAGCCCUGGUGUACAGCCUCAAAGAGCUGCUAGAAUGGCCUUUAGACUCUUAAUUUAUUGGUCAACUCAUUUUAAUUUGGGAGACACAGCACAAUAUACUAGAUCAGGUUAUUUUUAUCAGAACUACAUACAAAUAUUAAUAAGAAUCAUCAAAAUGGACCUCUAAUUGUAUUUGGGAGAUACGGCACAAUAUGGAUCCGGUUAUUUUGUCAGAAUUAUUUGCAGAAUGGACACCCCAUUUGCAUUCAAGUUGUUACUUAUAUUUCUUGGCAUGUGAUCUUUUUUGUCAAAGAGGUUUAUGUUACAGUUGAUCUUGUGAAAACAGUAAUAAUACUUUCAUUUUCAGAAAUUAAUUUAUGUGGUGUGGGAUUUGAACAUGUUUCACUCAAAUGUAAAUGUGGUUUAUCCUGUAAGUUUGUAAUGGCUAAUAUAUAUUAUAUGAACUUUAAAUGUGAUUCUUCAGUCUAUUUUACAUCUGUUUAUAUGAUCAUAUGUACAAUAAUGGCCGUUAUCCGUUAGUUGUUUAAAAUAGUCAAUUAUCACACAACAGAUCUGGGUCUGUUUGUUAAGUAUCUUUAAAUAUGCAGCAAGGUGAUCAAUGUUACAACAUGUUAACAUUUUUCAAAGUCCUUUUUCUCUCAACCUCUAAGAAGUAAUCUCUGAGGUGUUGCUAAAUAAACAGAAUUUUCACAUUUCUGUUUUUUUUCCUUAACAGCACUGUCUUGUUGAGAAAAAAUUGAAGUUUGGAAUUAAGGUUAAAAUAUCUGUUCACAC